AUGGAACUCCAUGUGGAGAGCUAUCUUGAGCAGCAGGCAGCUGUAUACUCUGCAUUGAUAGACGAGACCCUGGAGAAAUAUCAAGACAUUGUCAUCUUGUCUGAUGAUGACGCCAAAGUGGCAGAGGAGGUCCUCCAGGUGCUCAAACGCCUCAAAACGGUUACAAGCCUGUUGAGCACUGAAACUGCACUGUCUGCGAUCCUACCUCUGAAAACAAGGAUUCUACAAUCCAAGGCCCCAAGUGAGGACGACAGCACCAUCACUAGAGAUGUCAAGGCUGCCAUUAGAGAGGACCUGAACCCCAGAUACCCCCCUAACGGUCAAGCCACAGAGCCGACAGGAGCAGACUCGGAGGCAUGUCCCCCACAAAAUAAUUUGUCCAUGAAGGAGCUUUGCCGGGAGACCUUUGUGUGCAAGGACACUGGCAAGACGUUUGCCAACACCAUCAAAGAGGAGGCAUCCUACAAGGCAGCAAGCGGCAUUCCAGUGGACGGUGAUCCACUGGCAUGGUGGAAAAGCAAUGAGUGUAAAUACACUCACAUUGCCAUGAUGGCUAGAGGCUACCUGGCUGUGCCUGGCACUUCAGCUCCCAGCGAGAGGGUGUUCUCCACGGCAGGGGACAUAGUGACUGCAAAGAGGAAAGUGUACCCAGCGGCGGUAGAACUGUUAGGAGAACUCUUCAACAUGAAUACAGAUAGCGGAGGACACACUCGCAAAAGCACCGCCUUGCUAGUCACCCGCUCCCACAUGAAACGGGUCCAGAGUGUCCCGAAUCUGGCUACAGGGAGCGAGUCUCACUCGUCAGAUUCAGAUGCUUGGAGGUCACGCAGCACCGAUGGCCUAAGGAACGGCGACGACAUCACUUCCUCGUUGGCCGCCAAGGGCUUCCGCAGCGUCAGGCCCAACCUGCAAGACAAGAGGUCCCCCACACAGACUGUCAAUCAGGUCCCCCUCCCGCCCCCUAGGAGAGAGAUCUACCCCUCCCCCGCCACAGGCGCUAUCCCCCCCUUCUACAGCUCCCUCCUAGCCAAGACCCUCGGACACGGGAUGCUCGCCCUCUCCAACGAGAAGGCCGUCCUCAAAGAGUCUUACACAGUCAAGAGCACGUCUUCUUACUCCCACCACCAGAGCACAACCACCACUUCUGUACCCCAACCCCAAUCUGAACCAGAACUUAACCCCAUCCACAGUGUCACCAACAAGGUCAAAGCCUCCACUGCUACUUCCUCCACCACCACCCAGCUUCAGGCUGCAGAGCGCAAGGUGUCCUCCCUCAGACUCACCCCCGUCACCAUCCCCGAUCCCCCCUCCCACCAGCCCGUCCCCCAGCCUGAGACUCUCACCACAUCCCUUCCUCCCCCUAACUUUCCCCCCCGUAGAGACUCCUCCAUCGGCCCCCAAAGCCAUCACACAGCCUCUCUCUCCGUCCAGAUGGCCCCGCGGAGCCCCAAACCAUUGGGCUCCAAGGCCCCCACCCUGGAGCCCAAGGCCCCAGCCCCAGCUUCUGACCCUGGGGAGGCCAGGAAGGUGAAAGGCCCCCCUCCAGUUCCACCUCGACCGGCCGAAGCGAAUGUGCUGGGCUCGCCUCCUCACCCCUGCUCCCCCGACCACAGCGCCCGGCGCUCCCCUUACAACCACCACAGCGCCGACUACCUGGCGGGCCUAAAAGCCCUGUUGCCCACUCCGUACGUCCCGUCCCCAUAUGCCACAUUGGAGCGCGGCGGGGGGGACCGAAUGGACAAAAUUGGCGUAGUCGGCGGUGUUAGCAUUAGCAUGGUUAGUGCUGGAGGAGGUAUGGGGGGCAGGUCACCCUCGCUCUCCCCCGUGACAGUGUCAGCGCUCAGCCAGUAUUCGUCCUCCACGGCAGGCCUCCUGGAGGAGCUCCAGAUCUGCAGCCUGGACUCCCCCGGCGUGUCUCCCUCACCCUCGCCCACCCUCAGCCACAUGUCGUCCACCACGGACCCCGACGAGGCGCCGCCGCUAACCUCCGCCGCUGCUGCCACUAACGGCCAAGCUAUUCAAGUGGCAAUGAAUGGAGGUGCGCCCCACCCCCAGAGACCGUCCUCACCCCCGGCCUACCCCCCUCUCCCCGCCUCGUUCAGCCCAGGAGGGGUUCACGUGCAGAGUCGGAACGCAGAAGGUUCAGAGUCGGUGAUGUCGGGCCACACCAGCAUGAGCAGCACGGUGCCCAUCGCCCGCUUUUCAGAGGAGGAGAAGAGGGUGUCGGUCAUCAAGGCGCCCCACUAUGAGGGCAUCGGCCCCGUGGAUGACACGGGCAUCCCCAUCGCCAUUCGCACGACGGUGGAUAGGCCGAAGGACUGGUACAAGACCAUGUUCAAGCAGAUCCACAUGGUUCACAAAGCAGAUGACGACUAUGCCGACGCGCGCAACGCCACAUACACUGUCAUCGGUGACAGCGACACACAUGGUCAGUCCUCCAACCCCACCAUGGCGUACCCUCCCCCCAGGACACAAACGUACCGGCCCCUGGCCAAGAGCCCGUCGGGCAGCGGAAGCCCCGGGACCUUUAGGGAGCCCUCCCCCGUGCCUCCGCCACCCCCGCCCAUGCCCUCCCUCCUCCAGCUGAGGUCCAGAGACAGCGACCGGGAGCGAGACUCGCCCGACACCAUGAAUCAGUGGGGCCCUCCCGAUAGGAAAGUGGACACUAGAAAGUACCGCGCUGAACCCCGGAGUAUCUUUGAGUACGAGCCUGGGAAAUCAUCUGCUCUGGAGCAGGAGAGGCCGACCUAUAAGCUAAACCCAGAUGACAUAGAUUUAGAGAACGAGCCUUGGUAUAAGUUCUUCUCCGAGCUGGAGUUCGGCCGUCCGCCUCCUAAAAAACGGCUGGAUUAUAAUCCAGACAUCUGCUCUGGCCGACUCACCGAGACGUCGCUGUACUUCACUCCCACUGCUGACCGGGUUCCAGAGAGGCCGGCGAGUGACUACAGGAAGAGGAGGAAGUCGGAGCCUUCGGGUGACCAGGGCAAGAACCAGGUCUCCCCAAAACAACUGGACCCUUACAGAGGCAGCAGCACACUGAGGAAACCAGCCACACGCUCCUCCCCCUCCUCCCCCUGCAGAGCCAAAGGUGGGGACGCGUGCGACAUGACCUGCUCCCCCCGUUUGAGCUCUUCCCCGGGCCCGUGCCUCCGCUCCCCUCUCUCCCCCGUGCCCUCCAACCUCGCCCACGAUGUCGACGGUGCCAACCCGGGGGCUGCCUCCUCGCCCCUCAAGCGCGUCACCUGCUUCAAGAAAGGCUGGCAGACGCGGCGGCAGGACGCCGAGACAUGGAGCAGCGCCGGAGACGCGCCGCCUGUAAAGCUGAGGUCGCGUAGCUGUGACAACCUGCUCAACGACGGGCACCCGGGCGGCACCGGCGGGCACAAGGCUACCCGUUCGGAGAGUGCAGGGUCACUGGUAUUCGACAACCCGUUGCAGCAAACCGCAUCGUCCUCUACCCGCUCCUUGCCUCGCCCGCACCGGCGACGUGCCCACGACGCGCCAGGCUUCCUGAAGCUCUACCGCAAGAUGCACCACAUCGACCGCGCCCAACUGCUGCCAUCUGACGUGAUCCGCUCGGUCCGUGUCCGCAUCCUGGAGCUGGAGCGCCAGCCGCACCUCUUCCCCCGAAAACUCUCCCCCUGGGGGCCGUCGUGGGGUCUGGAGGUCCCUCGCGAUACGGUGCCAACGCGCAUCUCCACAUACGAGCAACUCAUCCAGAAGUCCAAGUCGAUGCCCGAUUUGGGAGAUAGCGAAGUUCCGUCUGGCGCAACCACGCCCGGCGGGUCAUCGUCCCGCGCCAGUAGUAGCGGGGGAGGAGGCGGCGGGGGCAGAGAGACACCCGGGUACCCCAAACGGCGUUUCUCCAUUGAGUCUCUGCUAGAGGAGGACAUUAACAAUGGGAACGGGACGUCCCAUCACGCUCACCAGGGGGCGAGGAGCCCGCCCGAGGGUCAGCCCCGCCUUGACCCCCACAAUUUCCCCGACCCCCUCAUAUAUCGACGGGCCGCUGUCCCGGGGGCCGAGUACUCUGAGUCGGAGCAGGAUGUAGCCGCCUCAGACCUCAGUGACUUUGUCCAAGUUGAAGGAUCCUCCUUCUGCAGCGAGAGCGACUUUGACCACUGCUCGCUCACCUCGUCAGUCGAGAGCUUCUACGGCCCCUCCUCCCACAACCACCACAGCCACCGCCACAGCCACCACAAACCUAGUCAUCAGUCUCUCGGUCAGGGUCAGGGCUACCAGCACCGUCACCUCAUCAGCUCGUGUAAAGGACACUGCCCGGCCUCCAACACCCGCUUCACCACCAUGCUGCGCCACGAGCGGGAGCGGGCCCGACAGGAGCUCCGGCAGAAACCCCCCCAGGCACAGCAAACCAGACACGGGGGAAGGGGAAGGAGCGGAGGGGACCACCAUGCUCUACCCCCCUCGUCCCAAGCAGCCCAAACCCAGCAGGGGAUGUCCAAGCUGGCCUUCCUCGUCAGUCCUGUGCCUUUCCGGAGGAAAAAGGGUGAUUCUCCACCCACUUCGAGACGAAGUAGUGGAGAGCGAAGUACCAGGCCCAAGUCUAAAGAAGCAGUCUAUGAAGCUUUGGAUGCGGCCUUGAGGGAUAUCUACGAACACAUCCAAGCGGAGCGAGGCCGGAGCGGCGCUAGGCAACCAGACGAUAGCGUCCUCCGGAGGCUACUGGCUGAGAUCCUCCCGGAUGUGCCCGAGAGGAGCUCCUCGUUACAGGGGCAGAGGGGGAGCCGCAAGGGGGGUCCCUCCUCGAGCUCCUUGUACCCCGACGGGAGUCCAGCGGUGUACUGCUCGUCGCCGCGGGUACAGUCGCCGCUAAGUGCCUGUUACAGUCGUCAUACCGACGCCUCCAAUAAUGACAACUAUGGAGAGGAGCCAGGCAACGGCAAUGCAGGUGGAGCAUACACACACCAGGAUGCCUCCAGGGGGUACAGCACAACCACCAGCGACGGGGGAGGGGGGCAGACCAGACGAGUCACCCCGGACAGAGAGGUCUCCCAUAAGCAGAUGACCCAACUCAUUCUCUUCUCUCUCCUCCAUCAGAAACAGCCUGCCAGAGCUAUAUAUGACUUUAAGGCACAGACUGCUAAAGAGCUGACGUUCAAGAAGGGCGACGCGGUCAACAUCAUCAGACAGAUCGACAGCAACUGGUACGAGGGAGAGCACCGCGGACGACUGGGCAUCUUCCCCAUCUCCUACAUAGAGAAGAUGCUGUUGCCAGAGAAACAGCAGCCGAUUAGGCCUCCUCCACCAGCACACGUCAAAAAGAUUGGGGAGGGGGUGGCCCGUUACAACUUCAACGCUGACACUAACGUGGAACUGUCGCUCCGCAAGGGUGAGCGGGUAAUCUUGCUGAGACAGGUGGACCAGAACUGGUACGAGGGGAAGAUCCCAGACACCAACAAGCAGGGCAUCUUCCCCGUGGCCUACAUAGACAUCGUCAAACGCUCGCCAUCCAAGAGCCCCGCCCCCCCCCACCACCCAGACCCACACGGCUACCCCAGCAACAGGACACCGGGCUCCACGCCCGCCAAGAGGUUUGUGCAGGAUUCGCUCCAUGGUGGAGGAGACCUGUUCCAGGCCCUGUACAACUAUCUGCCCCGUAACGAGGACGAGCUGGAGCUGAAGGAGGGGGACAUCGUGGAUGUCAUGGAGAAGUGCGACGACGGCUGGUUUGUCGGGACUUCCCGACGGAGCAAGCAGUUUGGAACCUUUCCAGGAAACUACGUCAAGAAACUGUAAUGAUGAAUCCGGUCCACCCCCGCACCCUCCUUACUUGGACCCUUCCAUCUCUAGCACAAUCCAUAUUGGACACAACCAACCCGGAGUAAAGUUGCCCCCAGACACUGAUUUGGGUCAGUUUUGCACAUUCCCCACCAAUGGUUAAUUAAGGUUAAGAUUGGGGGAGGUGGAGCUGACCCUAGGAUGACCCCACUACGUCAAGUCAUCCAAGAAGCCUUGCUCAAGCAUGUGCGACAACGUCACAAAAAAAUAUUUUGUUUUAGCUCUAACUAGCCAACUCUAAAGGAGACUAUUCCACUAUUUAAACGAUUAUUUUCUAAAUGAUCGAGAAGCGGUAGAAGAAGAUCCAUACUUUUGAAUUCCUUUCACCUCAGAUACUGAAGGAAGGGUAGCCAAACAAGAUGGCCACCUUUAAAUGUUGACAUCUGCUUUUAUUUGAUUUAUUAGAUAUAUCUUAACCCAGUAAUGUAAUAACUUGCAUUGAUAAGUUGAUUGUGUAACAUUCAGAAAGGUCAAAUAUGGUAAAGAUAAGAGUUAAGAGAUGCCAAGUAAACUGCCACUCAGGAUUGCCUUGACAUCAUGUCAGCCAUCUUGGCUUUGGACAUGUUUUUUUUCUUCCCCUUUUUCCUCAGUGUUAAAUCAAUAGAGAACCCUGGUUAGUAUUUUCAGAGCAGUAUAGGACAUUGCAACACAUUUCAAUGUUUAAUCCUUUGGCAAAUGCUCUUAUCCACAGCAGCAUUCAAUAAGCAACAUGAAACAACCACAGCGUUAUUAGUAAAAAAUCUUCUUCAUAAAUGUUAUACACCAACACAGGAACACUCACCUAUUUCCCUAGUGAAAAUGAUGACAGCACGAUACCCAAAAGUGUUGCUGGAUACCAGGGGAUAUGGUAAGAUAUGUUUGGAGGCAAAUGCAUUGAUAUUGAAAGUAUAUAAAUACAUUUGCAGAGCCUUCUAUUUGCACCAGAAGGCUCUGGAUAUCUGCCUUCUAUGGGCCUACAGUCAAUUCCAGUUUCUCAUUGUAUAGUGUUUGCAAACUCCUAUAUGGGCGAGCUAUUUCAAAUGUGGAAGUGGCAAUCGUCGAUAUUUUAUUUUGUUAGCCCUUCUGUUUGAACAAUUACAGUACAUUUUGUACUUUAGAUGGGAAAUAAUAUUUAUAGAUUUGGGAUUGUAUUGAUCGAUGGACUUGGCGGUUUAUCCUUAUUCUCACUUGAAAUGUAUGAGUACACUACGGAUUUUACAAGUGAGAGCUAGAUUGGAUUGUCGAUAGGGCUUUAGGAGUUUGAUACCGUUGGAAAAACAUAUGCAAAAGGAACCCGUUUUCCCACUUUUCUUGUAUGUGAAGAUAUUUAUAGUUGGAAAAGUAUUGAAUAUUGAUAGGACGUCAUUUAGAUGUCUCCGUCCGUAAAUAUAACUUUGGAUAGAGCAACAUAAGUUUCUCAGCUUACUUUGUGUACUUUCUUCUAGUUGAAGUGGCCUAAGGUAAAGUGUGCUUUUGGCUCAUUUCAACCACAGCAAAAUCCUCUUGCCAUCUUUAAGAUAACGAGACAAUAGCCUACAUUUGUUCCCAGUCAAGUCUGACAUUUACUUUUGUCAAUAUACAACAAACCUUCAGGUGUCAAUAACACAAGCCUCCUUUUUGAAAUGGUGUUAUUUUAUUCUAUGACGAGGUUUUCUUUAAGAUCGCUGUUGAAUAGUGUAUUAGGAAUGACUUAGCUAAUGUUGUCGCCACAUUCAUUGCCUUUGUCCAAAUGGGAUGUUUUACUUCACUCUAAAUGAAUAUAAUCAGAUAAGCGGCGUAAUUUGAAUUAUACAGUUAUGUUCCUGGCGUUGUUUUUUUUCUCUAGAUCAUUCUGACGGUGACCUUUUUACUGUCCGGAAUGAAUGAAACGAUUAGUGUCAAUGCAAUAGCUUGUUACAAUGUAUUUGAAUAACAUUUGUUAGGCAUACUUUUUGUGUUCAAUGAAUGUGAUUUUUAAGAAUUUAUUUUGCCUUUUUUUCGUGUGUAAAUGAGUAUGUAUUCACAUAGGAAGGACACUGGGGUCAGAACAAUUGUUUAAGCACCUUAAUAUGUAAUUACUUUAUUUUUGGGGCCUGUCUUCGGUUGCUUUUGUUCUCGUUUAUUUUUCUCACCAUCCCCUUUUCAUUCACCCUUCCCUGGGUCGUGUUCAUUAGGGACCAAACAGAAGAAAGCUGACUACCUGGAUAUGUCAAAUAAGAAAUGCAAAUGUUCGUGUUCUGUUGCAAACGUUUCCCGUUGCUAUCCCUAAUGAACACCACCCUGGCAUGUGGGAGCACUGCGUGUCUGUUGGUGCUGAUGUUUUUUGUACGUCUUUUGUAUGGAGCUGUAAAUCGAUGACAUGAUCCACUGCUUUAUAAACUCUUAUUUUCUCACCCAC